AUGGCUUCACCACCUUCACCACCACCACAGGCCUUGACGCGGGAUCUCCAGCCUCUUUUCGUCUCCAUCCCUGGCCUGGCGAACUUUCGCGAUGUAGGCGGCUGGCCGAUCGAGGGCGCAAUCCCAUCUGCGGUCCGCACCGGGCUGCUUUUCCGUGGGCCGGACCCGGCGACCGUGACGGAUCAGGGCCUGCUGAAGCUCCGGGAGACGAUAGGCGUGCGGACGGACUUCGAUCUCCGGUCCAGAGGCCAGAUCGAGAAGGCCGGGGGGGUUCGGCCGUUAGACGGGAUCGAGAGGGUGUGGGCGCCGGCGUUUCCGGACGAGGAGUACAGUCCUGAGAGAGCGGCGAGGAGAUACGUGCUUUAUGCUAGUGAGGGGACCGACGGCAUCGUCGAAGCCUUCACCGAGAUUCUCACCCACGGCGCUCCAGCUUGCCGCACCCUGCUCCUGCACAUCGCGGCUCAGGCCCCGGCCUCCCCGGAUGCAUGCUACAUCCACUGCACCACCGGGAACAACCGCUCGGGCGUCUUCGUCGCCAUCAUCCUCUCCCUCCUCGGCGUGUCGCCCGCUCUCGUCGCGGAAGAGUACGCGCUUUCCGACAUUGGUCUCACUCCUAUCCGCGACCGAGUCGUAGAUCGUCUCAUGCAGAGCCCGGUGUUUGCGAGGAGCGGGGGAGGUGGAAGAGCGCGGGCGGAGCGGAUGGUCGGGGCGAGGAAGGAGAGUAUGAUUGCCAUGUUAGCGAUGGUGAGGGAGAGAUGGGGUGGUGCAGAGGGCUAUGUGAAGAUGCAGUGCGGGCUGACGGAUGAGGAGAUUGCGAGGGUGAGGAGAGUGUUGAUCAAGCCAGAUCUGGUCGCUGCCGAACGGAGGAAGUCGAGGGCCUGGGAGACGACGAGGAAGGUGAUUUUGAUGAAGUUGAGGAAUGCGUUCAGCUGA